AUGACGUUGCUUUUUCUUCAUGUCUUACUAGAUAAACGAAUUAACAGAGUUCUCUGCUGCUGUGGCCUAUGUGCUAUAUUAUUUUGCUGCACAAAAUGUAGAAAAAAAAAAGACGUUGAAGGUGGUAAAGACGAAGUGGUCCUUCAUGCUAGAGGACAAGCUACUACUGCAGGAAUAUCCGGGAAUUUAAAUACGCAAGACCAAGCUCUAGACAAUGACAAUCAAUCUCGAAGGAGGAAAAGAAAGAAGAAGGAAAAAGAGGAGAAGAAAAAUAAGAAGAAAAAGAGUGAAUCAAAGAAAAAGAAAUCUAAGAAGAAGAAAUCCAAAAGGAAGAAUAAAUCAUCAUCUUCCUCCUCGUCAUCUGAUGAUUCAUCAACGAUAGAUAGCUAUUCUUCCUCAGAUUAUAGCAGUUCACGAAGAAGAAAUUCUCCAAAAUAUAGAAGGCGGCGUCGAAGAUCCCUAGACAGCAUUAGAGAUCGAUAUGAUGAUCGAUAUUACGAUCGAUCAUUUUCAGCUGAUGAGAAACAACGAUAUCGAGUUCAUAUAGAUGAGAGAAAAUCACUGCAUAAACAACUGUCUAGCAAACAUAAGAAAGAAAACACGAGAGAUUUACCACCAGCAUAUGAAUCUAUUGCACGAGCUGCACAACUGAUGGAGCAAAGGAAAGCUACAAAAGAUCAGGCAUAUAAAAAGCCAACGUUAUCGCAACAACAAAAACAAAUACUCAGAAAUCUCUAUAAGAAAGUUAAAGCAAAUGAAUCGGGUUCCCAAGACAAGAGCAUAAAAUUAACAGCUCGCCAAAAACUGUUAAUACUCAAGUUACGUCGAAAAAUUGCUGCAAAAAAAGCAGGAGAAAAUUUCUUUAGCUGUGAUGAAAUUGAAAAUCUAAGUGAUAUUUCCGGAGAAUUCUAUGAUUGCCCGGAUAGUGAGGCAAGCAAUGUUUAUAAACCAAAAUUAGAAAUUCAAAUUGAACCUGAUCAGCAGCCCAACCCAACAGAUCCAUUGCAGCGAAAUUUGCAAUUACAGAAUAGCAGCGAUGAAAAUCAAGCACUUCAUGACCGUAUUAAGGAUAUUAUCUAUUCUAAAAGGGUUAUGAAUGGCUACUUUAGCCAAAAUGAUCAAGGUGAAACGUCAGCAGCUCGAAUAGCUUAG